AAAAGAACUUGGCACAAAGUACAAAUAUACAUUUUUGACAGAUGGGUCAUGGGACAUGGGAAAAUUUCUUCAUACCCAGUGCAAACUGAGUUGCAUCAGAUACCCACCGUUUGCCAGAAAAUGGAUCAAUAUCAGAAAGUCUUAUGGAAACUUUUAUAAGGUUCCUCGUACUCAGACAAAACUAAUCUGCAUGCUGGAGAAUCUUGGUAUGCAGUAUGACGGACGUCCCCACUGUGGUCUAGAUGACUCCCGCAACAUUGCCAGAAUUGCCAUUCACAUGCUGAAGGACGGCUGUGAGCUGCGGGUGAACGAGUGUUUGCAUUCAGGAGAACCACGGAGCGUGCCUAUCUCUGCCCCUAUUGAAGGAGCCCCAGCACCUCAAACCCCCAAGAAAAGAAACUAAAAUGAGCAUUUGAAAGACUCUUUCCCAAAAAUAACAUUGCUUAACGUGGACAAAUAUGAAAACCUGUCUCAAUGUGAAUGUAAGAUAAUUGGGACAAACUAAUAUGGGUUUUCUUAAAAUUGUUCCAGUAAUGUGCACAGUUUCUUUUCUGCAAAAGUUUACACCAUAGCGGAUCAGGGUUUGGAUCAGUGGGGUGAGGCUGAGCUUUCACUUGACUGCAAAUUGGGUUUUGAAACUUGCCCCUGAUAAACUGAAAUAACAGUUUCAGGCAAAAGGCUUUUUUCAAGCCUAACUGAUGGGUGAUUAAUACUUGCAAGACUUUUUUGCAUUGCUUUUUUAAUUCAUGUUGCACAUCCAAUGGAAGAACUCCAUUUGUGUUCAUUUGUCAAUAAAAAAUGUUUAUGA